AUGCAGACCGAUCCUGCGCUGGUGAACGACGGUCCAAAGGGUGCUGUCAUAGAGAUCGAGGCGAAGCUCGGCCAACUGGUGAAUAGAGCUACGGGGGAGAGACUGCGCCUGCCAGUACGAACGGAGACGAUAUUCGAUCAUACCGAUCCAGGUUGGCAAGUGCAAUUCAAGAGCAGCAUGACCGAUGUCCAACACAGGCAUUUGAAUACCUUCCUCAACCGGGUCUUGCAUGAAUCCCAGAGAGGCCCCAACGCGGAACACGAGGCGCCGGCCCGCAUGCCUUUGACUUAUGUACAUACACGCGAACGCGAUUCCUUCUACGACCUUCCCGCCGAUAUGCAUCACAUCCUUCCUCCCUCGAUCCGGCAAACACGUAACCCCCGCCACGGGGUCCGCGUUAGGGUUACUACCGAUUCUGUGGGACAAGUGAUCAGAAAAAUCAUCAAGACUAGGAUUGCCGACAUGAACGUGUACUCACCUCUUACCAUGUUCGACUGGAGAGUGAGCGUGAACAUGGAAAUGCCGUUCGCUGGCGAUCAUGAGAAGCUCAACCCAGUCGCCGAGGGGAGCCGAACCAAGGAUCGCGUAAGCUAUCGCCAGACGAUCUAUCAAGUGGACCUAACCCAGGUUACGGGCGUAAGUUCUUCUUUUCUCGGUAAAUCAACCAAGAAGGAGCAUGAACUCGAAGUCGAGGUGGAUGGAGCGGAGAUUCGCAAGCAAGGUCUGAUGGCGAAGGACAAGAAGCCGAACAGCUAUGAGGAUCUGGUCAAGGGAUUCAUCGACAACGUGAGGGUUCUGAUUAGAGCUGUGCCACCUGGACCGCAGGGAUGA